AUGGACAAUAUUGGAUCAGGUACGACUAAUACUUCUCCUUAAAAACUUCAUCGUAACUCAGAAUAAGAGGGUGAUAGUCAGAUCUAUAUUAAUGCUGAGCCUUAUUCAGGGUUGUUAAAGGCUGGCCAAUCAGGUGGAACAACGUAGCAAUUCUAAUUCUUUAACAGCAUGCGGAAAAAGGUACUAGAUGCUAAAAAUACUAAGAAUAUAGUUCCACUUACUCAGCAAAAUGACUAAUCUGAUGGAAUAUAAGAGUUCAAACUCGACAAAGAUCUAGUCUCAAAGAUCAUAAAUUUCAAGAAAAACUAUCAUAAGGAAAUUGAGCAAGCCAAAGAAUAUGCUAUAAAGAGUUACCAUAAAUUUUAGCUUAUGGAUAAUGCAAAGAAGAUGAGGAUCUGUCUCAUUUUAUUUGUAGUUGGGUUUCUUGGAAUUAUGACUUCUGGAAUUGGUCUGAUGGCUAUCAUAUCAAUUUAAAAAAUAAAGCAAGAGGGCCUGAUAUCGUACCUUUCUCCUAAACUUAAAAAUCUACUCCUCAAUUGGUCAAUCUAUGACAUACUUUGUGAGUUAUUCUAUAUCAGGACUUUUUCAAUCACACUUAUGAAUGUCAUUCUGCCGUUCACUUCCUGCCAUUCCCCUAAAGAAGUCAAAGAAGUCUUAGAUAGUAUGAAGGAAGACGGACUUGGCCCAAAAGUGCAUGGGGCACUUUUCAGAAAAGGAUUGAUCUUCAAUUUCUCAGAAAAACUACAGAGUAUUAUGUUACCAGCUGAUAAGACUAAAAUAAAAAAGAUGACUAAAGUGUAGAAGGCUAUCGCUAAAUUGACUAGAAAUGUCGAUGCCAAAAGAUUAAAGCAAGGUCUAAUAGGUUCAUAGAAUUUUACAAAUGACGGGGAGACUGACGACAGUGACAUCACUACACCUUAAAAGGAUGCGUCAGAGGAGUUUAGCAGGAAAAAACAAUUUCUUAAAUCAACCAGUAUGAUUGGAGGAGGCACUCUAAGGAAAAAACCAAGCUUGAGAAAUGACCUUAAGGAGAGACUAGAAAAUAUCUAGAAGAGAAGUUAAUUAGAAGGAAUAGUCAGCGAGACUAUUGAGGAACAGGAGGACAAUGACGAUUUCUUUAGCAAUAAACAACAUAGCUCCCUUAAUAAUCAGAAUCUAAUUAAGAAGAAUGAGUUUUCAUUCAAUGAAUUACAGUUGGCUCACGGUCAUUCUAAGAGUAAAGUAGAUCUCCUAGAUUAGAUAACCCAGAGACAUUCUAAGUUGAACUAGAUGCUUGAAGAGCUACCCAUUCAAAGAAAGCAAUCUCAUGGAUUAGAUUUCAGAGAUUUCACUCAAGAGAGUAGUGGAGGAUGUCCUGAAAAUGAAGACAAUCAUUUCCAGUCAGCAGAUUCUGAUCCAAAGAGCCCUUCAUUCAACUAAGUGAAAAAGGAUAAGUUACGUCAUCUCUUCAAAUCUGAGGGACAACUAAUUCCAAGUCUGAUGCAUUUGAAAGAUAGACUUUUAGAGAAAUAUCAAGGCAGCAAGGAUGAACACCAUUCUGACGAUGACAUAGCUUCAGUAACUGAGGAUUAGCCUGAUUUGAAGUUCGUAUCCUUGAUUCCUCAUGAUCAAUCGUAAGUAUUUAUUAAGAAUAAUUCACUGCAUAGACAAUAAAAAUUGAGCCUAAUGGAGAUCGUUAAGAACCCUGACCUAUUAGUUGAUAGAUUCAGGAAGCGAUUCCAGUAUUACGUUAAGCAUAAUAUGGACACGAGGAAAUUAAAAAUGAUGCUUGGACUAUUCAUUAUUGCCUUGAUUGUCUAAUUCAAAUACUCACCUAAAGCAAGGGCCUGGGCGAAACAUUUUGGACAGUAUGGAUUGUUCUUAUCAACUGCUGUUGGACUCCUAGGCACCUUUGGCUCACUAGUUAUUAAGAAUAAGAUCGAAAGAGAUUGGGAGAAGUUAUCCAAGGAGGAAGUGAAGAGAGUCAAGCAUAUCCCAAUUUUACCUAAAUUCAAGCGUAUUCAUUAUUGA